AUGUGCCUAUUUGCGCCUUCGUCAUCGCUCGCUUUGAUUUCGCUUACUGGCUUCUCAGCCAACCUCGAUCCAUCUCUUCUGCUCGACUCGCCUGCUCCCGAUAUUUCCAACGUGUCGACACACUUGCUGACCCCUUUCAACUUGGGCUUCGACUUCUCGGCCAGCGAGUUGACUUGGCUAGGGGUCCCGGAUAGGUAUUCUCAAUACCUUGCUACCAUUCUUUACGACCGCGCAAGGUCAAUCGCCAAUCCUGCGGUUAUCGCCGGCGCUUUCACCAAAACCGAUCGGGGUGUUUCGCUUCAGUCGCGGAACUACCACCGGCGAUAA